AUGUCCUCAGAUAAUGCAGAUGAUACGAUAGAGAAAUUGGAGCAAGAGAUUACUCUAUAUCUACAGAAGAUUGAUUCCAAUUUAAGUUACUGUUUCACAAAGAUUACUCAGGAUAUAGUACCGUAUGUUCAAGAAUAUGGUGAAGUUUGUGACAAUAUAAUGGAUAGCUCGAGCUGGUUGUUGAACAUGUUUCAACAAUCUGGUAAUGUUGAUCUAAAUACAUUUUCUAAUGACCGUAAUAAUGAUUCUGGAAAUCCUGGGAAAUUGAAGAAGCCUACAGAGACGUUGUUCCCAUCUAAUAACAAUACAGGCAAUAUAAAUAGCAAUAGUAGUGAAGUGAUAAUGGUUCCAUCGAUGCCAAAACCUGCCAUAAAUUCAAUGUCGGAUGGCAAUAAUGGUAUGGCUACAAAUAAUAACUUCACGACCCAAACUAGCAACAAUAACAAUAAUAAUAACAUCGAUAAUAAUAACACAGGAUUCACUCAAGAUUUCCAUACUGCCGAUAUCACGUCUACAGGAAGGGUAUUAAAAGUGCCAGAUUCAAGCGAUGAGGAUAAUAGAGAGAAUGAUGACGGGGACGAAAGUACUAUACAGAGGCAAAGACGUAAAAGGAAAGUGUCGCUGCUGUUGCAACAGGAGUAUGCCUCGAGUUCUAGUGUAGCGUCACCAUUUUUGAGUUCAAAGAAUAGAAGAGAAGGCUAUAAAAGUGGUAUGGAUACAAAUGGAAGGGAUAACGAUGAGAAUAAUGAACUGAUAAACAGUUCACCGAUGAGAACAUCAUCAGCAAACGAUAAAGUGUCUGAUGAUCCAGACGAAAGCACCAAAGAAGUUCCUAAACCGGGGACCGUGAUACAUUUCACAACUAGUUAA